UGCGGUAUAUUCGAAGGUUCAGGCUAUAUAAAUGUGGAACCAGCCAGCAGAGAUUAAUGGGAUCGGUGCACCUUACAGCAAUGUAUACAAAUAAGAUGAAGAUCAUUUUCUUUGUUUUUGCUGCAGUCCAGAUCCUCCACUGCUCUGCGCAAUCAUGUGGAGAUACAACCCUUCCACAGAUUGGUUUGGUAGUAAACGCUACAAUUGCACAGGUGAACAACGAAUCCUCAGCCGGUAACGCCUCUGUGGUGACAAGGUGUGAAUUUGUAAACAGCAUUCCUAUAGGAGAACGUUUUAUCCUGGUGAAUAUAAUUGUUGAUGUCGUGGGUGCUGAAACUUUGACUUGUACAAGCCAAGUCCUACUUGAAGUUAACCAAGUUCGAAGUGUUGAGGUUCAGUGCAGAAAUACAAAUGUUACAACACCAGCAAUGACCACAUCUACCUCAGCAGCCACCACACCAGGCACAGCAGCCACCACACCGGACACAUCAGCUACUACACCAGGCACAUCAGCCACCACACCGGACACAUCAGCUACCACACUGGACACAUCAGCUACCACACCAACCACAUCAGCUACAACACCGACCACAUCAGCUACCACACCGACCACAUCAGCUACAACACCGACCACAUCAGCUACCACACCGACCACAUCAGCUACAACACCGACCACAUCAGCUACCACACCGACCACAUCAGCUACCACACAGAACACCACUGUAACCACCCCAACCACAACACUGACCAAAACGACAACAACAACGACAACAACAAUGACAACAACCAGAAAACGAGCAUCGUCAUCAUCAUCAUCAUCUGAAAGCAAUGAAUCAUCAGAAAGAUGCAGGAGAAGGUAUGGCUGGAGAAGAAAUAGGUACUGCAGGAGGAGACAUGGUCGGAGAAGAGGCAACAGGAGGAGGUGGAAUUGGUGGAGAUGGUGGAGACGUCAGCAGAGGAGGAGGCAAAAUCCGAGAGGAAGGAAUCGAAACAGGUUCAAUCGACGUAGAAGAACUUAAGCUACAACUACAGAGGAAAAUGGAGAGAGUGAAAUGCAGGUUUGAUUUCAUGCUAAAACCAAUGGAUAAGAUAUCAAGGGAAAGAAAAUCAGUCAACAUGAAGAAAAUUCUUUGUCUUAAAAAUGUAAUCUUUAGCAUAAUAUUUCAUGUUUAAUUACAAUUAAUUUAGUGUUUAAUCAUUAGUAUUUUAUGCAAUAGCAUUCAACUGGAAUUUACAAUAUUAUUACUCUUAAUUAAUCUGCAAAUUAAUUGAAUUGGAUUAUGUUCUGUUCCAAAUUUCCCAGAAUACCAAUAAGAAACAGAAUCAUAACAUUGGGUUGAGCUGUGUGUGUCUUCAAGGCACCAGCUGCAUGCUAGUCAACAUUCCUUGGCAAAACCAUGCCAGUUGUGAAAUUGGACCAGCCACCUCCAUGUGUGAGUCAUGUAAACAUUACUGACAUCUUCCUGUCAUUAUUCACAUAACAUCCAUUUCCAUCCACGUUGCCAUAAAUUGGAACUUAAAGAUGCAAUGUAUGAGGGUCAUGGAACAGACUCAGAAAAACUAGGAACACAUCACACUAGGUUGUUGCCUUUUCUGCUGUUUCAAAGACACACUGACCUUAGGAGAUGUGACUCCACAGUUAUAGAACUUGGAUUGCUCAAAUGCCUUCAACAGUUUGGAGAGUGUACAGCUGUCAGGGUGUAUUUUUCCAGCAUUCAACUGCUGGGAUAUUCACUCAUACUGAAUGUGUGAGUUGUCUUCCUCUCCUCUGCAGACUCUGUCUUUUCUAUACAGUCAAAGGAUUUGUUGUGUCUGUCUGACUGCCAUUGGGGACUGUAUCUUGUCCAAUUGAUGCUCAGCGAAAUGUUGGGGGAAUCUGUAAAAUUGGGUGAAUUCCCAUCAGGAACAGCACAUAUCAUACUAAUGCACCUUUCUGCAUGUAAAUUCCCCCAUAGCUAUUUGAAAUCAAAAUAUUUUUCCAAUGUUUUUGCAUAGUGCACAAUUUGGCUUCAGCGAUUAAUGCAACAGUGUUUUGAAACACCAAAAAAAAGGUGUAACCCAAUUUUUUGUUGAAAGUUUAAUCAUUGGAUCUCUGGGGCACUAUUAGUUUCACUAAUGAAGAUGAUAAUCAAUUCACAGCAUGUAUCAAUUUCUUUAGAAGAUAAGAUUUUUAGCAAUCUGACUGUAAAGCUGUUGUCCUAUGUCUUAUACUUAAUAAAAAUCCAACUAUUACAACUGUC